GAGACAGAGCCAGCCCGUGCCGCGCCGCCGUCUCCGCGAGCGGGCAAACCGUCGAGCCGACGCGGUGGCGUGUGGGGGGUCAGGAUGCGCCACCGUGUCGGCGACUUCGCCCUGAUCCGGGCGGGGGACUAGUUAGUCCGACCUCCGACGAGCACUCUGCCGCUGCGAGGAGGGUACAGGCUGUCAUGGGAUUCAAGAGUAUAAGUGGGAAGCAAAAGUUUGCUUUAUGAUAAGGCAGUGUUCGUUUAAGGCUGAGUAAGAAGCUUCUUCAAGUGUCAACAUACAAGACUUUGCUGACAAACUGGCAAGCUCCUCCCAGCUCACUGUUCUUGAGAAGAAACUAAGUACACAUACCCACAUGCACUAGUUUGUUGGAAUAGAAAAAGGCUUCAUGUCGCCAUUAUUGCCUAUCUAGCUGUUCAUGAUAUCACAUAACAAUGUUUUAGAUGCUAUGCUAAUGAUUGCGUAGGUACCCAGUAACCAUAGUCCAUAUCACCUGCGAUCUUUCUUUUUUGAAAAGAUGGCAGGCGUCCUAGAAAUCUAUACCAAGAUGUAUUAGAAAAAGACAUGUUUAAGCGGAUAAUGUUUACAUUUUAAACAGACCUGCAGUAUCUUGUGUUGAAUAAACUUACCCUCUCUUCAUUUUGUUUAUAUAAUACAGUCAUUCAGCCUUCUUUGCUCAAGUGGCAUCAGGCUUGACAGUCAAGAAGCUCUUAGUUUAUCUUCUCCCUUUGUGAAGGGGGAAAAAGUGUGGGAAAAAGUGGUAAAUAAACUAAUGUCAAAUAACUUCGUCCAAACUGCUCUUCUCAUACUUUAGUUUGUUAUUUGAUUGAUUUAUUGAUUGGAAACCAUAAAAAUCUCAUUGCCAGUUAGUUUCUCAGUUUCCUAGACAACGAUCAUCUGUUCAUUCAGACUGGACUGUGACCAAUUACUCAAGUUCUUCAGGUUCUCUCCUGAAAUCUCUUCACCUUUACUUGCCAUUUCUUAAUGUUAUGGUCCCAGUUACAUUUCCAUUUUUCGCAGGAGAUGGUCCUAGUUACAUGGUUCCAAGCCAUCCAGAUAUGCUAUUAAAUACCGCUAUUUAUGGCUUUAAAGUGUAUCGUGCCUGUUAAAUCUUCAGGUAGGCAGAGCAUGUUGUCAAAGGAUCCUGUUACAGAGAACUCACAUUUGAGAUAUUUCUGUAAGGUGGUUCUACAAAGAUGCCGCUCUGUCUGUAAUAUUGAUGAUAGUGAGCCAAGGUGUGGGGCAACGGGCACAUUUGAUACUAGUGUUCAAGCUGACGUAUGUUAGACGUCAUCAUUAUACAACAGCCACCAGGAGCUCCACUUUGGCAAUCAGCUUUCUUCCACUCCUGAAACAGUUGGUCUGCAGGCAAUGCGCGUUCCGUUCUGCCUGCUGGAGUCCGUAUCCAAUCAGUGAACGCACUAAACCCACAAGCGAUGGAAUCUGCAAAGCAAGGUCAUGUACAUCUUGUUGGGUGAAGUUACUACAGCCUUCGAGCUUUUAAUUUUUUUUUUGAAAGAUAAGCUAUGAAAUCUAUGUAAGCAAGACCAUGCACAUAGCUUGUUAGCUGUGUAAAAUUGUUGGCAACAGGAGUGGAUCUCUAGGACGAUGACGAUGCACCUAAUGUCCUAACUAGUUACUAUCUCGGUCUAUGUUGAUUGCUGCCGCUGCUCUUUUUAGCUGGCCUGAACUGUCCACCAUCCCAGUCCGGCAGUCCCCUCCAAUUACAACUGCUUCGCACUCUGCUCGCUCGCUGACGAGCAACACACUGGUACAAUUGCAGUUGGUGGGGUGGUCGCAGCUUCUGCUGCUGGGGCGCCGUGCCGUGCCGUUGCUUCGACGGCGUUCCUCUAAUCACUCGUCACACUCGCUCAAACAAUCCCAAUGAAAAAAGAAUUCUUCAUAUCACCCUACUCCUCUCCUACGCGGAAACAAAAGCUCCUCCUCGUAUGCUUUCUCGGGGAACCGCGAGACCCGUCUUGGCUGUGGCAAUUCUGGCAUUCUGCCCUCGUCUUGUCUUCCCCCCACGUCCUCGCGCUCCCUCCCUAGCAGCUGCUCGAUCGCUUCCUCCAGCCUUCCCGACCGGGCCCCUGCCCCCAAAUCGGGCAAAUCGGGUUGGGGAGGGCUCGCUGCGGCGGCGGCGUGCCGCGGGUUCUCCGGCGCCGAGGAGGUCAGAGGUCAGGAUCGUGCCGCUCCUCUUCAAUUUUUGGUUUCUAGGCGGCGGCAUUUGUCGCUGCCGCGCGGAAUCGUUUCCAGGGAUCGAAGCUACUUUUGUUUCGAUCGCUUGUCGGGACGGUUGGAAUCGGCGAAAGCUCGCGGGAUGCUGGGCCGUUUCCCUGGACGCAUGUCGUGUCCGGUGCGGUGCGGCACCAGAGCUCGAGAAUAAAAACCGUCGAUUUUUUCUCCACCCAUCGAUUUCCCAAUUCCGACCACCUGGGGCGCACCGAUUGUUGUUGCUUGCCUUUGGAAUCUUCCAACCGCCGAAUUCUUUUUCGUCAGUCGUUUCCGACCUGGGAGCAAAAUGCUCAAAUGCGACUGGCUGCCUGCGUUGAAAAAUUCGGCGAGCUGAUGUUGAAUUUGCGUCGCAUUUUCUUUUUCCCCCAUUUCGCCCGGCGGCGGCGGCGGCGGCGAGACGAGGCCCCGCCAUCUGCCGCUUCCUGGCUAGCCGUUGGAGUCGCACCAACGGGCACAUUCCCACCUGGCCCAGGGGAGCGGCCGCUUCAACGGAGGUUGGACGGGUGGUAGAUUGGUGGUGGCUCCGUGGCGCUAUCAAUGCGGGUGGAUUUGAGUCCUGCCGGUGGGUGUGCGGAUGGACGCCUGCGAAAUCCGGGCGCCAGGAGCAGUGCUGCUGCCGAAAUCUAAGCUGCCGGCGGAGAAGAAUUAUGCUAAUGGCCACAGUGAUGAUGACGCGGUGAAGCGCAGGGUAGCCGCGAUGCCAGCAGCGGCGCCUACUACUCCACGGAGGCACCCGUCGCCGAAUGCCGGUCGGGCGUCGUCCCCGACGUCGGCUGGGUCACAGGCGAAGAGGUCCCAGUCCACCGAACGGCGGCCGGCGACUCCGUCGAGGCCGUCUUCCGGCGGGUCGCGGCCGACUACCCCGUCCAGGAUCUCUGCCCCGACGUCGCCAUCGUCUGCGCCUUCCAGCCCGUCAUCCUCAUCGUCCAGCUCGUCGACGCCGGUGCGUGAUGCCGUUUCAGAAACGCAAAGUGCACCGAGGAAGUUGUCUGGUAGCCGGGCUCCUGAUGGGUUGUGGCCGUCAAUGCGGAGUCUGUCUUCUUCUUUCCAGCUCGAAUCAAAGGGUAAAAGGAUCACUAGCAGCCCUUCUGCGGAUCAGGCCAAGAUGAGGGAUGCAGCUCCAGCUGAUAGGAAGAGGAGCCCGUCGAGAGGGAGAGCUAGCCAUGAGCAAUCGGAGAAUCCACAUGCCAAGGUGAUUGAUCAACAUCGCUGGCCUGCUAUGAUGGGGGGCAGGGUGUCUGCUAUCUCAAUGUCUAAAAGCAUGGAUCUCACAGAUAAGAUUAGUAGGUCUGCUCUUCCAUCAGUUCCAUCACGAAGGGUUUCACCAAAGAGAACAACAAUGUCCUCUGCUGCAAAUGCAUUGUCAAGAAGUAAUGAUCUUGCUGAUAAAAUUGACCGCUUGGUCUCUUCGUCAGUGUCAUCACGAGGGGGUUCACCAAGAAGAUCAGCUGCUCUCAGUGAUGCAAAUGAUGUGUCUAAAAGCACCAUUGUUGGUAAAGAUCUCAAACCUGCAUCAGUGUCAAUUUCAUCAAGAAGGGCGUCACCAAUAAGAACAGCUGCAUCAGAGAGCAUGGAUCUUACUGAAAAUGAUAACAGUACACUCUCCGCAUCAGUUUCUUCACCCAGCAUUUCACCAAGUGCGUCGGUAUCAAGUGUGUCUAAUGCUGCAUCGCAGACUACUACAAAAUCAUCCGAGAUACUAAAUGAACCCAUUACGAACCUGUCUUCGCCGAGAGGACUUUCACCUAGAAGAACAACUUCUGGUGGCACUGGUACUCUAUCGAAAAGUGUUGAUUUCCCUGAGAAAGAUAGGAGACCAGCUUCAUCAAGAGGGACUUCACCAAGAAGGCGACUCGCUUCUGAUGGUGUUAAUGAUAUUGUCAGAAAUAUGGAUUUCGCUGAAAGGGACAGCAGAGUAGUCAGCUCGUCAAUUCCAUCUCGAGGGGUUUCUCCAAGGAGAAGACUUGCCUCUGAUGGUGCCGAUGCUAUAUUAAGGAGCAUGGAUUUUUCUGGAAAGGAUAACAGACCAUCCACCUCAUCCUCUGCACGUGGGAUUUCUCCACGAAGAAGGCUUGCUUCUGAUGGCAUCGGUGCUGUAACCAAAGGCAUGGAUUUUGCUGAUAAUGCUAACAGACCAUCAACCUCUUCGGUGGCAUCACGAGGGAUUUCACCAAGACCUCAAUUAGCCUCUGAUGGAGUUGCCACUGUAUCAAAACCCCCAGAUCUUGCUGAUAGACAUGACAGGCCAUCAACCUCAUAUGCAGCAUCACGAGGUAUGUCACCACGACGCAGGCUUGCAUCUGAUGCUAGCAAUGCCACUUCAGAAAGAAUCGACUUUACCGAAAAGGAUUCUGGAACUGUAUCCUCUUCGGUUGCACCUAGAGGGGUCUCAACAUUAAGACGGCUUUCCUCUCAUGGUGUUGAAACUGUAUCAAAGAGUAUGGAUGUUGCUGAGAAAGAUACCAGACCAACCACCUCUUCAGCUGCAAUACGAGGGUUUUCACCAAGACGACGACUUGCCUCAGAUGGAAUCAAUGUGAUCUCAAAGAACAUGGAUCUUGUUGAAAACAGUAACAAACCUGUCACCAUGCCAGCUGCAGCACGAGGUGUUUCACCAAGAAGACGGCUCGCCUCAGAUGGUGUCAAUCUGAUCUCAAAGAACAUGGACCUUUUUGACAACAGUAACAAACCUUUCACCAUGUCAGCUGCAGCAAGAGGGGUUUCACCAAGGAGACGGCUCGCCUCAGAUGGUGUCAAUGUGAUAUCAAAGAGCUUUGAUCAUGUUGAAAAUAGUAACAAACCUGUCACGGUGUCAGCUGUAGCACGAGGGGUUUCACCAAGAAGACGGCUCGCCUCUGACGGUAUAGAAUCUAUAUCAAAGAGCACAGACUUAGCUGAAAAAAGUAUCAGACCUUCAACCUCAUCAAUGGCAUCACGAGGGGUUUCGCCAAGAAAGCGGCCGACCUCUGAUGGUGUCAAUGCUAUAUUGAAGAGCACAGAAUUUUCUGAUAAAAACUGUAGACCAUCUUCCUCAUCAGCUGCUUUACGAGGGAUUUCUCCCAGAAGCAGAUCUGUCUCUAAUGCCACAUCAACAGGCGUGAAUUUUGCUGAAAAAGACGGCACACCGUCCAGCUCAACAAGUGCAUCAUGUCAGACUCCGCAGAACAGUAGGCUUCAAUCUGAUGGUGUUAAUACCCUAUCAAAAGAUGUGGAAAUCUCAUCAACUGUAUCUGAUUGCACUUCAGACAGUAAACACGAUGACACUGGUGCUCUAUUAAAAGGCAUAGAUGUCACUGAGAAAAUUACUGUGCCAAUGCAAGAUGGUGGUGAUGGCGAUGAUCCAGGAACGAUGGAUUCUACUGACAUAGGUACAGAUGCAGUCUCGUCAUCCAUUGCAUCUCAGGAGAUAUCACCGAGCAAACCUGUUAUUGAUGACAUUAAGAAUACAGAAAAUGUUGAUGCAGCUCAAAAGGGUACCAGAGCAAUCUUGGUGAAGAUUCCAUCUCGAGGUGCUUCUCCAAGAAGGCGACAUGCAUCCGAUUGCAUUGAUACUAUAUCUAAAAGCAUGGAUUUUACUGAGAAAGAUAAGAAACCUAUGACAGUUUCAGUUCCAUUACGUGGAAUGUCACCAAGAAGAACAGCGAGAUCUGACAGUGCUAAUGUAAUGUCAAAGAGUAUGGAUUUUUCUGAUAAAUGUAAUGGACAAAUAUCUUCGAUGGUUCCUUCACGAGUGUUUUGUACAAGAAGAGUGCUAGGACCUGAUGGUGCUAAUGCAAUGUCAAGAAGCAUGGAUCUAACUGAUAAAAUCAGACAGCAAAUCUCUUCAACUGUGCAAUCAUCCAGAGCUUCACCAAGGAAAAUGCCUCUUGCUUAUAACAGAGUAAAAGUCCCUGAAGUUUUGUCCGGUGAUGUUGAGAGCCCUGCUUCUGUUGAUGGAAGUGAAAUUCAAGAGGAGAAUGCCAGUUCUAGUCCAGAUGCUCCUUCAAAUAAUUCAGAAAAAUUUACACCUCCAAGGCAGUUAGCUAGGACAUCGUCUUCACCAUCUCGUGUUCUAAUACGCCCUUCAUCACCAUCCAAUGCUUCAUCAACAUCAUCGUUUGCCUCUAGGAGAUUACCAAGCCCAUCAAGGACUAGACCCUCAACACCUGUCUCACCAUGUAGUUCUGUCAGAUCUGAUUCGGCCUCUUCUAUUCUUAGCUACAUUGGUGAUGCUACACGAGGGAAGAAGAGCCCAGCACACAUGGAAGAUGCCCAUCAAUUGCGCCUCCUGCAUAAUAGGAACUUACAAUGGCGUUUUACCAAUGCUUAUGUUGAUGAAAUGCUAUCAAUUCAGAAAAUGAGUGCAGAGACUAUGCUUUACAGUGUGUGGGAUGCUAACUCAAGGAUGUGUGACUCUAUGGUUAUGAUAAGGAGCUAUGUGCAAAGACUACGGCAAGAGGUCAAAUUGGGGAUAGUAUUGAAGGAGCAAAUGGAUUACCUCGACAGCUGGGCAGCACUGCAAACAGAGCAUUCUUCUUCUUUAUCCAGCGCAACUGAAGCUCUUAAAGCAAGCACAUUGCGUCUUCCAGUUUCAGGAGGAGCUAAGGCCGAUGUACUUACUAUUAAGAAUGCUGUCAGUUCAGCAGUUGACAUCAUGCAAGCAAUGGGGUCAUCCAUUUGCCAUUUGCUAUCAAAGUUACAGGGUACACACACUCUGGUUACAGAACUUUCAGCUGUUGCUGCUAAAGAAAGUACCUUACUUAAUGAGUACAGAGAACUCUUGGCAACAGCAGCGGCACUACAGGUUCAAGAGUCCAGCCUAAGGACACAGCUCAUACAACAAACAGAGUGAACAGGUUAAGGUCCUGUAUGUCUAACUAGGAAGAUAGAGGUAAACACCAUUCAUUAGUUUCAGUAACUGUACGGUGCAUAUGUGUAUCUUUGAUGUCAUUUUCCUUUUCCUUUUCCCCCCUUCCUUUUUUCACUUAUUAGCUAGCCCCAUAUUUUAUUUCUUUCCUGCUUCCCUGUGUUCUUUUCUUUUUGUACAACUUACAUGGAAGAGAAGUGAAGCAACACGAAAACAUGGAUUUACUCCAUGACGAGGCUGCCAAUGUGGUCUUUAUGCAUGUCAAUGUGCGAAAAACUGAAAGCUUGUUGUAAUUUGUAUAGUUAGGUGUUAUCUGUCCUUCAAUGUAAUGCCUUUAGAUGUUCCUUAGAUUGACAUCAUCCUAGGAAUUAGAGACUUCAGUAAAAAAAAACCAGAUACUUAGUGCCGGUUCCCAAUCGAAGCAAGGGGCGACCACAACUUCUAACCUAGCACUAUAGAGUAGUUGAUAGGUUUACGACACCCACUUCAUUGCUAACACUUGUAAGUACAUGUCCUGUCAGGAGAAUGCUACAUUUUGUUCUUAUCUACUAUGAAACUCUGAUGGAAA